GUGGUCCAGAGGAGUCUAUGGCUGGCUGACCCUGAGAGGCUCCGUGUUAGAUAAGCAGAGAAAAAAAGAGAUCGAGUGAGAAAGAUAUUUUAAAUAUAUUAUUCUCUCUUCGUUUAACUCUCAUUCAUUCCAAACUAUGACUUGUGCUUUCCGCGCGAUUCACAUGUAAAACCAAUUUCAAUUUCUUCCAAGAUACAUAUUCUUUUUCCACUUUUUGUCUCAAAUGAGAAAAUCAAUGGAAUGAAAAUGAGUAUUCAAUCUAUCUAGCUUUACUUUGAAUAUGCAUAGAUAUUAUUAUUAUUAUCUUUUCCCAGCACAAGCACUGGUAGCAGCUAGCUAAAGCACUUUUGGUUUUAUAUUUUGUUUUGGCAGUACCUUCAUCAAUCCACUUUUGGUUUUGGAAUUUGCCUUAGGUAGCUAGUUUAGGACACACAAUUUUUCUUUGGUUCCAAAAUGAUGUCCGAAGAAGCCUUUUCUGUUGCUCCCAACACCAUCAGAGGCUCCUUGGUUCAUGUUCAAGAAGACCCCAACUCAAACUCAAACUCAAACCCUAAUCCAAACCCUAAUUCAAAUCUAGCUAGGAAAAAGAGAAAUCUACCCGGAACACCAGAUCCAGAUGCAGAAGUGGUAGCUCUGUCACCUAAGUCUCUUAUGGCUACCAACCGUUUCAUAUGUGAAAUUUGCAACAAGGGUUUUCAGAGAGACCAGAACUUGCAGCUGCAUAGACGUGGACACAACUUGCCGUGGAAGCUGAGGCAGAGAACAAACAAAGAUCAAGUGAAGAAGAAGGUGUACGUGUGCCCAGAGAAGAGUUGUGUGCACCAUGAUCCCUCUAGAGCCCUGGGAGACUUGACAGGGAUAAAGAAACACUAUAGCCGAAAGCAUGGAGAGAAGAAGUGGAAGUGUGACAAGUGCUCCAAGAAAUACGCAGUUCAAUCGGAUUGGAAGGCCCAUAGCAAGAUUUGUGGGACUAGAGAGUACAAAUGUGACUGUGGCACACUUUUCUCCAGGAAGGACAGCUUUAUAACGCAUAGAGCCUUUUGUGACGCUUUGGCUGAAGAAAGUGCGAGGAUAACUACAGUUCCAGCAGCUUUAAGUAACUUCAGAAGCGAUCAUCAUUUGACUAAUGCUCAAGCUUCGAGGGUCCCUCAGAUUUUUCCCGGGUUUCAUUCAGAAUAUGGUGGUUCAGGGUCAGAACCAUUGGGCAAUUAUGUUGACUCGGAUCAAGGACAACAAAAGCUAAGCCUACCACUAUGGCUAGACCAAGCCAAUUCUCAGCUUCACCCAUUUAAUUUUCCAAGCAAAUCAAGUGCUUUCACUUCAGGAGCAAACUCUGCUAGCACUGUGCCUGAUCUAGUGCAAACAAUGGACAUGUUUGGGUCACAGUGGGUGAAUUACCGUUACCCAGAAACAUCAUUCACAAAUGCCAACCUAUGUGUGCUACCCCCACAUGGACUGAAGCAAGAACAAGAAGAAAACAAAGGAGACUUGUCGCAUAGCACAAGCUCUUUGUACUUGAGUAAUCACAACCCAACUCACAUGUCAGCCACCGCACUGUUACAGAAAGCGGUUCAAAUGGGAUCUCCAAGGAUCAACGACCACAUGUUUGGCCUUGUGGGAAGCAACAGGAAUAACAACGACAACAUUAGCCACAUUGUUGAGCUUCGGAAACUGAACGAGUUCGUUAAUGGGGAAGGCAAUACCAACACCAACACCAACCUUGGUGGUGGGUAUUUAUUAAAUGACUCAAACAACUCGUUUGUAGUACUGACGAACACAAAGGUUUUGAAUCACCCGGUGAUGCCGGUGGAUGAAGAAACAACACCAUCAAUUGUGGGCAAGCAAUUACGUUCAAUAAGCUCAAAUAACAAAAACAUUCAGCUUGGUUUAACUAGAGACUUCUUGGGUGUUGGAGAUGAUGAAUCAAUAAGAAGACCCUUCUUGCAACAAGAUCUGGUUGAAUUUAAUGCAAUGGGGUCAGGCUCAGCCAUGAACCUGCAGAGCCAGUACGGUGGACACUACUGCUAGUGCUAGAGUUGCAAUUUAAUGACAUGUACGUAGCCUUAAAGAAACUAGCGAAAUUGUGUCAUAGUGAUAUAUAUAUAGCUACCCACUCUUAUUAGCAGGAGCAUGUAAACUGAACAAUAUUGAGAAUGGGGAUAGUGAGACAUGUACCGAGUUAGACCAAGAAAGCAAGUUAACGAGUCGACUCGGUCAUGCACAGUGACAUUAACUUGAGUGUGAGAUUUCACGUGUUAUAUAUUGGAUAUCAUAGAGAGGUCUCGUGAAGAAGGUGGGGGCCAUUGCAUGUUAGAAGGGACAAAGGAAUAGAUAUGUAGAAUAUGAGAUGAGUCCAAAAACCAAAGGGUGAUUUGAUUCUCCGUUAUGGAAGGUCCCUACCCUCUCUCUAUAUGGCCAUGCAUGACGAUCGUGGAAGCUAUAUAGUUGCACUGUUGUAGUUAAUUUUCUUUUUUUCUUUUCUCUAACGUUGAUGCAACAUUACAGUUACAGUGUCGUACCAUAACCUGGUGUGUGACCUUUUCACUUUCUUUUCAGUGUGUUCUUUUAAACUGUGCAGACCGUGAAAUGCUGCUUUCCAUGGUGAAAUAAUAAUAGAAGACUAUGUCCAGAGGUCUUUUCCAUCCAUU